AUGAGCGAACUACGUAAACUCGGUGAAAUGUGGUCCAGUCAAUCAGGUAUACCUGGGGAAGGUACAUCUGGUCAGGGAAACCCGAUUGGCCAGAGCCUACGAGAUGUGGCUACAGGAACAGGUGCAGCAGCUCAAGUUGCAGAAAACGACAGCAAAAAGGGGCGGCGCAGAAAGGGCAAAGCAGGUGCGGCGGGGAAGAUUGUUGGUGGAGAUGCUUCCAAAAGUGCCAGUGGUGGUUCUGGUGCGGAUGCUGCCAAAAGUGCAGGUGGGGAUGUUGGCGCGAGUGCUGCCAGCAACGCAAGAAGCAGCAGCAGCUUCCUCCGAGUAGGAAAUGGAGGAGGAGGCAGCAGCAGCAAGAAGCUCAGCCUUCUGGACAAGAUGAAGGCGCGCUUAGCAGGCAGUCGCUUCCGAUCGCUCAACGAGGCACUCUAUACCUCGGAUGGAGAUAAAGCGUUUCAGAUGUUCUCUCAAGACCCUAGUGCUUUCACACAGUACCACGAAGGCUAUCGGGAGCAGGUGGCGUCCUGGCCAAUCAACCCUCUCCACGUCAUCAUUGACUGGAUCCGCCAGCGCCCAGCCACCCUCACAGUGGCCGACUUCGGCUGCGGUGAGGCGAAGCUAGCAGCCAGUGUUCCCAACAAAGUGGUCUCGUUGGAUUUGGUUGCUGCUGCUCCUGGCGUGAUCGCAUGCAACAUGGCUCAUACCCCACUUCAAGAUUCCUCUGUCCACAUUGCUGUCUUCUGCCUCUCCCUCAUGGGAGCGGACUACCCCUCCUUCCUCUCUGAGGCCCACCGCGUGCUACAGCCUGGGGGCUCACUCAUUAUAGCCGAGGUGAGGAGCCGGUUUGACCCCACCACGGGAGGGGCGGAAUUGAAGGACUUUGUUGCUGCACUGAAACAGCUUGGAUUCCGCCUUGUCUCCAAGGAUUUGAGCAAUAAGAUGUUUCUUCUCCUUUUCCUUGAAAAGGUGCAGUCAGAGCUGAAGAAAGGUCAGGUGAAGAAAAACAUUUCAGUGUCUGCUGACAUUACAUGGCCUGCCUUGAAACCCUGCCUUUACAAGAGACGAUGA